AAUAGCCUCGGUCUCUGAGUCGCUCACAUCCUCCUCUCUUCUUCCUUCUUCCUUCUUCCUUCUUCCUCAGGAACGCCACCAGGAUGAGGAAAAGGAAAGAGCGAGAGGGAGAAGAAAACUUAGAAAAAGGUCUCAUCUGAGGGCCACAUAGACGGGUCCCGCCAUUUCCAUCGUUUCUUCUGUUUUUUUUUUUUUUUUUCUUUCAAGUGCGGGAGGGAAGCAACGAAGAGGUAUAAAGUACCAAAACAAACCCAUGAGAAGACAGCAUUUUUAUGCAAUUACAGUUCAAGAGAAAGGGAAAUGAUUUUGAUUGUUGGGUUUUUCUAGAAAUGGUUUUGUUCAGAUGUUCAGAGAAUUGAUGCUCUGUUUUAAACGUUACGCUGUUGGGUUCUUCUGUGAAUCGAUUGAUACACUGUGAAAUAUUACUCUUUGAUAGUAGAGGAAAAGUUUGAGUGGGCGACGGGCGUUGAGAUCUCUAUUUAUAAUGCUGCGGAGAUGAUGAAAGCUUGGGUCCAAUACCUGUUCGGGAAAAGGCCUCUGAGAGAUAGAUAAUAUUAACCUUCUGUGUUGGCGUGGUUUUGUUGAUGGUUAAUGAGUAGAUGAAGAAUCAACAAAGGAAUGAUUGAAUUAUUCCGAUAACUAAUCGACAUGGUGGGACUUGGUGGUGCUUGUUUUGAAGCUGCGCCCGAGGAUGUUGGUGAUUUCUUUGCAAUCAGACCUGAACAUCGAGCUGACGUCCCAAAGACCCAAUUUAAGAGCAGGCCUGGGAAAACUCUUAGUUCUAGAAAGUGGGAAUCUGCAUUCUCUCAAGACGGUCACUUGGAUAUGGCAAAAGUCCUUAGACGAAUACAACGUGGGGGCAUUCAUCCGUCAAUCAAAGGGGUAGUUUGGGAGUUUUUGUUGGGCUGCUAUGAUCCAAAUAGCACGUUCGAUGAACGAAAUCAACUCAGGCAACGCAGGAGCAGGGAGCAGUAUGAAAUAUGGAAAUCAGAAUGCAAAAACAUGGAACCAACCAUCGGUAGUGGAAGGAUUAUCACGACACCUAUCAUCAUUGAAGAUGGGAUAACAGUAGAAGUUCCUUCAACUUCUUAUUUGAACAAUGAAGAUCUAGGUACUCCAACGCCUGACAUAUCUCCAAGACAUUGUAGCAGAGCCAAAUCUAUAGCUUUUGAUUCUGCAGACAAGAAAGUUCAUCAGUGGAAAGCUACUUUGCAUCAAAUUGGCUUGGACGUGGUUCGCACAGAUCGAUCACUCGUCUUUUACUUGGAUGAAGCUAAUUUGGCAAGGCUCUGGGAUGUUCUGUGUAUUUAUGCAUGGAUAGACAAUGACAUUAGUUACUGUCAAGGAAUGAAUGAUCUAUGCUCUCCCAUGUUAAUUCUUCAAGAAAAUGAAGCAGAUGCAUUUUGGUGCUUUGAACAUUUUAUGCGUAGAAUGCGGGGAAACUUCAAGACCUCAGCAAGUUCCAUUGGUGUUCAAUCACAGUUGAGUACCCUUGCAGAAAUAAUUAAAGUUGUGGAUCCAAAACUUCACCAACACCUCGAGACCCUAGAUGGAGGGGAAUAUUUGUUUGCAUUUCGCACGCUGAUGGUACUUUUCCGUAGAGAGUUAUCAUUUGUGGAUGCAAUGUACCUUUGGGAGUUGAUGUGGGCCAUGGAGUACAAUCCAAAUCUCUUCUCACAAUAUGAGGACCAAAGUGCAGCUACUGAUAAGAGUGCUGCACCCAAGGGAAAUGACAAGUGUCUGAAGCAACUUGGAAAAUUUGAGAGGAAAAAUGUAGAGAGUGGUUCACUUGAUCAACAGGCUGCCUUUUCUGUUUUCCUCAUGGCAGGUGUUCUUGAGGCCAAGAAUAAGCGAUUGUUGAAGGAGGCUGAGGCUCUGGAUGAUGUUGUCAAGAUCUUGAAUGAUAUCACUGGAACUCUAGAUGCAAAAAAGGCAUGUGGUGAAGCAUUGAAGGUUCACAAAAAGUACUUGAGCAAGACUAAGAAAGCCUAGGGUGUGGACUUGUGGUUGGAGUCAUCAGUUUAUUUCAGGACCACUUGACACCAAUUUGGCUGAAGUGGCCACCCCCCCCCCCCCCCCCCAAAAAAAAAAAGGGGGGGGGGGGGGGGGGGGGGCGUGGAGGGAAGGAAGAAAGAAAAAAGAAACUAAUACACCUAACCAAGGUUUUUUUCCCCAACUCUUGUUUGUAAAGAUUUAUCAUUGACGUCUGUGUAAAGUUGAAGUAUUAUUUUCAAUUAGCCACAAAAAUAAAGGUGGGGAGGGGGAAUUCAAUAUGAA